AUGAGUGCGAGGACGCUAACGAACGUGGUCAAUGACCAAACAAUAGCGCUAAAUGCCAUGAUAUAUGGCUAUGCGGGCCAUAGUCUUGUUACACCCCACGCUGCGCUUCAACAGAUCUGGUGGACCGAAGAAAGGAUAAACGAAAAGGUCACACAGGAGUUUGUCACUUCCCGACUGCAGCCACGAGAAAGGGAGCGGUUGACACAGCCUGUGGGCUUUGGCGAUCUGUCAGACGACACGUACAUCGAAUGGAUCCUAGAGAAAGCACGGCGAUUAUUCCUUGUACUGGCCGAAAUCGGUGAAGCGGAUGGGAUAUUCGCUGUGGUUGACCGGUCAUGGGACGAUGAUGAUUUGCCGCUUGAAAUGGACGACAUUGAGCAGCUGGCACUUUCAAACAGACGCGACGAACAUGCUAGUGCUCGCUUCUACUCUACACAGUUCACCUUCUUGCUCAGAGAGCUCCAAAAAGGCGUGCACAUAGACUAUGCGUCCAAUGAAGAAGUACCUUUGGAGUACGUCAUGGGGCUGCCGCCUGCGGCAAGUCUCCAGAAUUGGUCGCGUGUACACUUGCCUAAACGGCCCAAAGAAGUAUAUGUCCGCAGGAAGUUUGCAUUAGGAAAUGCCGAAUCACCAACCGCGUUCGAAUCGACUUUCAUACUGGAUAUUGAAAGUGCCCAGAUGGUCGAGCAUGAGCACAUUGCACCUGCUUGGGCUUCUUACACGGCGAAAGGGAUCGGCUACGUAGUAACAGACUUUGUGGGACAACACACUCUUCGAACGUUCAUCGACCACCGAGAUCCGCACCAGUACAAAAGACUUUCCAAGCCCGAAAAGUCGUGGCUUGUAUUGAACUGGAUGCAGUGCUUGGUAGAUGCGGUUACAACCCUGCACCAAAACGGAUUCUGUCACUCUGCAAUACGUCCGUCCAACAUCAUCAUCGAUGAUAGUAAUGCGAUCGCUUUCAGUGACAUUGGCAGCCUGGAGACGUUCCAAAGGGAUAAAAGGCCGGAUGUACCGGACGCAUACGUAUACAGCGCGCCCGAGACGCAGACAAAUCCUGCGUCUCUCACGUCGAGUGCUCCAGGGCCGUCUUCUGUUGUAGCUAACGCUCGACAAACUUCUAUCGCAAGCAAAAGCUCAUCUGCGUCAUCGAAUAGUAGCGGCUCUUUAAGUAAGAAGCUUUCAAGAACUCCCACCAACGACUUCAGUGGAUUCAAUUUUGGUUUCCGCAAAUCGAAACCGGCGCCAAAACCAAGAUCGAGGGUCCAUGAAACCGAGAAAGCAGACGUGUUCUCGCUCGGCUGUGUGUUCCUGGAGAUCAUCAGCUUCAUGCUGAAGAAGAAACCACAUGAGUUCGUCAAAUAUCGUUCGUCGAAACAAAGGAGCAAUACUGGCAGCAAAAGUAGCCGUACGGACUCGUCUUUUCACGCCAACCUGGACAAGGUUGAGAGCUGGAUGGUCGUGCUUGAGAAAGCUUCUUGUGAGCGUAGCGAAGACGCUUUCCGUGCCAUUCCUCACAUUCUUACACUUGUAAGGGAUAUGCUUAGCACGACUCCGAGUGGUCGGCCGAACGCUAGACAUGUCCGGGACAGAUUGUUUGAGAUCCUGACAACGCAUACCACCAUUCCAGAGAUUCACUGUGGCGCACACAAGCACGACUUCGGACAUGCUGGUUCAUCCACCUCCGGCUCUGAUCGCGCGUCCAGUAUAGCGUCUCUGCGCACAAUGUCAACGAUCAGCUCAUCGUCCGACACAGAUACCAUUCGACUAUCUACCUCUUCAAUGACCCGCACGAAUUCGAUUGUCACUGCUUACUCAGACCGCAUAACUCUUGCUGGAAUCUCAGAGGACGAUAGUGCGUCCAUCCGCACAGUGGAGCCUCCACUGCCCACGUCUUACAAUCCUACACCACGACUCCCUCCACUGGUCGUCAGUCCACCGUCCUCGCCCACGGCGAUGAGGACUCCAACCUCGCCUCGAUCUAUCGAGCGAUCAUCGAGCCCGUCAAGACAGGGCGCUUCGCAAAAGAAGUCUUGGAAGGGGCCGUUUUUUCGCAUGCCUUGA